AUGCUCGACAACGACCGAUUGUUGGAAGCUUCCUGCGAUCACGUCUCCGGCCCGGACUGUCGGGGCUGCGAUAUGGCUGAUGAGAUUCAACGCGAUCCUCGAGAUACUCCCGAUCCCGAUAUCCACUACGGGACCAUCGCAUCCGGGAACACGCUCGUCACAGACACCGUUGCGCGCGAUCGGAUUGUUGCUGAUCUUGGCGAGGAUUGUAUUUGUUUUGAGAUGGAAGCUUCUGGCCUGAUGGACCACUUUCCCUGUCUAGUAACCCGGGGGAUCUCCGACUACGCCGAUUCUCAUAAGAACGAUCGAUGGCAACGCUACGCCUCGGCGACCUCCGCUGCGUAUGCUAAGGAGCUUCUGGCGUAUGUGCCGGCUACGGAGGUCCAAGAGACCGCAAGGGCGUUGAAAGUGUUACAAUUAGUCCAACAGCAGAUCGAUAGCGUGCUACAGACAACAGUCGUAACAAAAGCCACCACUGAUUCCAUCAGGUCUAGCCUUCAUAUCGAUACAAUCAAGCGCUGGCUUUACCCACCGGAUCCAUCUUCAAGCGCCAACCGUGCGAGGAUGCUCCGCCAUGAGGGGACAGGCGUGUGGCUACUCGAAAACGACGUCUUCCAAUCGUGGCACUCGGGGCCACGUCAACAUUUAUGGCUACACGGUCUCGCGGGAUGUGGAAAGUCGGUUCUCAGUACAACUGUACUUGAUCAUCUUGCGCAGGAAAUCGGCAGUAUUGCCCUUAGCUUCUUCUUUGACUUUAACGACGUCGCAAAACAGACAUUAGACGGCAUGCUGCGAUCGCUUGCUUUCCAACUUUACCAUGGCGGGGUUGACUCCGCCUCAUAUUGA